UUAGUACUUUACAAGAAAUGGAGCACACUUGUACAGUCAUACAAUAUAGUUGAUUGAAAAAACGUUGUUGUCGAACGGGCUGCACGAAAUGCGACUAGCCCGAACUGGUUUGUGGGUAAAAAUCGAUGACCUGGCAAAUUAGAGAUUUGAACGCCUUUGUGAUUGGAAGAACUGACACAUGAUUGUGACAAAAAUUCCCAAAUCACGGGAGUUUAAUUAUGCAUGUUUGUGGUGUUGAUUUUUGUUGUUGUUUUCCAUCAUUGAGGGGACAAAUAGUUCUUAAAAAGAGAAUAAAAGCCAAAACAAAUUGACCCUGUAGCAGAAGGUGUUGUUAUGCCUAAUUUGCCAGUUCAUUGAAUUUUACCCAGAAUCCUGUUGGUGUGGGUCAUGUGCUACUACAAUCUUUUGUCAAUCAACUAUAUACAAAAAGUACUUCCUUACUCCUACAGAUAUGCCCUGAUUGCAUACCCUUUCUCUGUAAGCUUAUAAUAAUAAGUAAAUUACUGCUUGAUACCAACCAAGACAAAAUUGAUGGGGCUUUGCACCCAGAAUGUACUCAAUGAAGUCAUUGCUUGUCCAAUCGCAAUCAAUAAUGAUAAAGCAAUUCGCUGAUUGCUUGUUAUUUUUAAGGGAUUGCUUCCGGGGUACUAUCGGUUCCGGAGUGAUUCCGUAUUGUAUGCAUCUUUGGGCUUCCUGUGUACAAGGCCAGGCUACGAGAAUAUCAAAUUUGGCGCCAAAUCAAAACUACAACACUGAGAAAACUUACUGAGAAAGACCCAAAGUUAUCAUUUAUAUAAUUGUUUUCUGCAAAACAUACUAAAAGGAAAAGUAUUUUAUUGAAUAAGUGGCCAGGAAAUGCAGUUUAGUAGACAAAAAAAGUCAGUUCAGCUAAAAGAUGGUCGUAUUUGGGGCCAGUAUCCUGACCGUCUUCAAAUGUAUAAAAUACCGCCAACAGAUAAUAUUUCUUUGGAGGAGUUCGAAGAGCUGGCCAUAGAGAGACUCAAAGUCUUAAGGGAAGUCGAAAGCAAUUCAAUAAGAUAUAAAAAGGACGAUAAAGCAUAUCAAAACAAGAGUCAUGAUUUGCUGAAGAGUUUUCUGCCACAGAAUUACGACGUUUCAAAGGGAGGAAGCAAUGAUCCAAAUCAAGAAUAUGAUGAAAGAAGGAAGGAUCACAUUUCACAUUUCAUACUUCGACUUGCCUAUUGUAGAUCAGAGGAAUUAAGAAGAUGGUUUUUGAGUCAAGAAGUUGAGCUUUUUAGGAUAAGAUUCUCUGAGGAGCAGAGAAAAGAUGUUGAUACUUUUCUUGAAAACAAUAAGCUCUCAUAUAGUGAUAUUGGUGAAGAGGAAAAAAGCGAGAAGUGUUGCCAGUUGAGAGAUGCAGGCUACAAUCUCAAUGUUCAAUCAGUUAAAGCUGAUGAAUAUUACAAGGUUCCAUUUAUAGAAGCACUUGAUUUAGUUCGGUCAAGAAAGGUUUAUUUAGAAGGGGGUUAUGCAUAUGUUCCUCGUGGUGAUCUGUCUUCUAUUAUAUCCAAUGUCUUCCGUACACACCUGUCCCAUGCAUUAGCGCUUACCGCUAGAGCACUUCCAUAUCUUGAAGAGGAUGAGAGACUGUUGCCAAGGCUGAAUAAUUUAAGCCGCCAGUAUGUGGGUCAAGAUUAUGGCACAAAGAAGUCCAUUGCAGGUGGCAAGAUUACACUGGAUCAAAUUGACAUGGUUGCUCGUAAAUCAUUUCCUCUGUGCAUGCGUAACCUACAUCAAUCCUUAAGAGAAGCACAUCACUUGAAACAUGGUGGUCGUAUGCAGUAUGGAUUGUUUUUAAAGGGAAUUGGAAUUACACUGGAAGAAUCUCUCAUAUUUUGGAGGUCAGAAUUUGGAAAAAUUAUGGAACUUGAUAAGUUUGACAAGCAGUACGCGUAUAACAUUCGUCAUAAUUAUGGCAAAGAAGGAAAACGUGCAGACUACACCCCCUUCAGUUGUAUGAAGAUCAUAAUGUCCAAUCAGCCUGGGCCUGGUGACUGUCAUGGAUGUCCUUAUAGACAUACAGAUCCUGAGCUAUUGAAACAAAGGCUUUCCAGCCAUCAGCUGGGCAAAGAGGGGUUAGAGGAGGUUAUGUCCCUAGUGAAAGAGAAUCACUACCAACUGGCUUGUACACGAUACUUUGAAUUAACACACUCAACUGAAAAUCAACCUGGAUUUAAUCAUCCUAACCAGUAUUAUGAAGAGAGUCGAAAACUUCUCACUGGUGAUUCAUCCAGUUCACAACACAAAGCCAAGCAAGUAGCAAGAAUUGCUGUUAAAAAGGAAUCGGGACUAAAAUCUGAAAAUGAUGAAACUUUUGAGGAAGUAGAUGAUAUGCAAUUAAUGUCAAUGGAUGUUGAUGAAAUGAUGACAUCAUCUAUUGAGUGACUCGUAAAGAGUUUUAAUAAACCAAUUUGUAAAGUUGCUGAUAAAAUGCUAUCCAAAUGCAUGUUCUGUUGAUAAAAUCAUAGUUAGAUAAAAUCAAUAGGAAAUAGUACAAGUACAUCAGCUUUUUUCUAUUUUCAAUAUAAACUUACGUAAAAGUACUUCAAUGUGUAGAAUGUUAAUUGAAAUACUGGGAACUACUAGACGUGCUUAUGCUGAAUGUCUAUAAACUGACUUUUUGAA